GUCUACUCAUUUCCAGAUUUUGCUCACAAAUGUUUAGAAAUCGAUAGGACGUCACACUCUCCCUUUCUUUUCCCCCACAUUGCUCAGUCCUUCACAUAAAUGCCACAGGUGCGAAUGAAAUAGGAACAGCGAAUCUCUCACAUACGCCUAGCGGUUGUUUCUUUACAACGCUACGGCGGCCGACGAAAUGCUUAACCUCGCCAUUUUGUUUUCAAACGUCACAGUGAACGCGGCUCCGAGUGUUCAUUCGAUCCGAAACAAAAUUUGGUUAUGGCGUGUCAUUUAUUAUAAAAAAAAAUAGUGAUAUAAACUAUUUCGUGUGUUGAAAUGUGCUUUUGCGAGGAAUAUAUUUAUUUCUGUAUGCAGCUGCUAUAGUUGCGGGGGUAACCUAUGAACAUGGACGCUCUAAGAUCAAUUUUUGCAAGCAAAGAACAUUUCUGGAAACUAGAAUAGUACUAGGUGAGAUGUACUCACAUAGUAAACCUGUAACCGAUAGAAUGGACACUAAGAGUAUCGAAGUAGAAAUACAAAUGCCUUCUAAUCCAGAACGCGAUAUCCAACAACAACAAUUAAGAACAACAAAGGACAACAAUCCACUAAUCGUAGAACAGAUAAAUGAUACAAAACCUAAAAAUGUAACCGAUGAUGGAAAUCAACACGUUAAAUUUAAUGAAUUAGAUAAAUUCAAAAGGCGAAUGAUAAGGGCGAUAGCGAGGUUGAUGUUGGAGGAGAAGAAACCCGAGGCGGAGAUAUGGGAGGUACUGAAGAAGGAAACAUCCUGUGAUUGUAAAUUACUUUGGACGCGCAUGCGAGCAUUGACAAUAAAGAAAUUGAAGAGACUAUUCGAUGCAAAUGAUCGUAAUGAAAAUGUAACGAAAAUUGCACAGCUGUCCGUGACCGACUGGCUUUUGUUUGAUCUGACUUUAGUGCAUGAAGAUGUUGACGUCAUCGGACAGGACGUAAAAAAUCAAAAUGUCAAAAAGGAUCCACAGAUCCUUGAAGAUCUUUUCCAAUUGGUAAUGAAGUAUAAAAUUGAGUAUUUGGUCGGCGACCAGCUAACAAAAGCGUGGAAUGAUUUAACCAAAGAAUAUAAUAGUCGAGGGCGCAAAUGUUCCCAAAUGUUACUACAACGUCGUUGGUAUCAAUUGAAGCAAUUAGUUCGAUCCAAAUUCUACAAAUUCUGGUUUGAAUAUCGUGGUGCUGAGAGAAAUUUGGAACGAGCCGAGAAAUAUAAGCCAAAUGAUUUGGACGUGGAAAUCGUUAAAGCAUUCCUGCCAAUUGUCACAGAUCCAUUUCCAACUUGGCAGCAGCUAAUAGAUGAUAAGAAAGUUUCCUUACUAAACGAUUUUGAACGUCUACUUCUGUCAAAGAAGAAAAAUUCGCAGAAAACAGCAAAUGAACCAGAUAUUUUACUAAUAGAACCUCAUGUUGAAACAAUUGACUUACGAGUAGACUCUGAUGAAGACGCGAAAGAUUUAAAUGUUAAAAAUAAUGAAAGUCUAAAUGAAGAGCAUGGUAGUGUAGACCCCAAUGCCGCAGACAGUAAUGACAGUUUGAAUGUAGUCAAAACAGAAUCAAUAUGUGACGAAGACGAAGUUAACAAACUCGAAUCAACGCAUAUACCACUAGAAUCAAACGAAAAUGUAGUACCACAUACUUCUGACGUUAUUGAUGUUGAUCAAAGCAACUAUGAUGAGGAGUUUAGCGAUCAUGUAGAAGAUAAAAUUGAUCUAAUUGUCGAUGACGACGAUAUAAUUACCCAACAAGUAAAGGGGGAUGAUUUUGAAAUCGUGAUGCCCAAAAUUACAAGUAUAACAAGUACAGCUCGAAUACUAGAAACCGACGAUGGAAAUUGUGAAACUACAAACGAAAUUAACAAUACCUUAGAUAAGAUUGCUGAUGAAGUUUCUCGAAUUAAAUCUUAUACCGUAACAUCGCCUACGAGUAAUUUUGAACAAUCAAGUAUAGAUAUCACAAUAGAAGAUAAAUCUGAAGACGAAGAAAUUGCGGUAGACCCUAAACUGAUACAACAAUCGACUUUAUACAAUGACGUCUCACACGAUUUGCAUUUAAUAGACGGCCUUGAACUAGAAGACGAUGGAAUUGAAUAUAUAGAUGAAGAAGAACACACAGAUCUAAAGGUAAGCCUUGAAGCAGCUGAUUAUAUUUCAACGAACAACGAUGAAAACGAAACUCCUAAAAUUGACCUUAAACUUCUACUUAAUCCGGUAGUUUAUACAACGAAACUUGACCUUAUGGAUGUGUUUCGAUUUAUUGAUUAUACGACGGUGAAAGAUAGACGUGUUAUAGAAAACGCUGCUGUUGAAAGCAAACCAGUUGAUAAAAAAUCAGUCAAAAUGGAUACAAUUACUAAAGAAAGCCGUGACGUGCCAGAAAUUAAUGUAAUAAGGGAGGAUGUGUCGGAAUGUAGCACAGAAAAUGAAUAUGAAUUGGUAAAAUCUACUAGCUGGUUGUUUCGAAAGCCGAGAGGUGUAACAUAUAAUCCAAUACAGCUAUGCAAAAAUCCAGACUUCAAUACGCGAUUGAAAAGAUUGACAGCCGGGUUUUUUAGUUCGCAACGUAAUAGACAAUUACUUAAAAUGUGUAAACCUUUGACUAUCGAUGUUCAUAAAGCAUUUGAGGCGAAACUUGUUAAUAAUUCUUUAUAUUUAGAAAAAUGUUUUUUCUUGGAAGCCAAAAGUUCAGAAAUAAUAAAUACUGUAGAAAAAACUGUUCUACCAUCAGAGUUACCGGGUCAGAGUCUAAAUUUUAACGUCCAAGAUUCGAUAGAUAAUCAACUUACAUCAAAAUUAAACCGAAUAACAAAAAACGAAUUUAUUCCGGAAGUGUGUACUGUGGAAAGAAAUAAAGUCAUUAAUCUUCCUGAAUUAGAUCAAAUACGUCGUAAAAACGAAAGAUUACUAAUUGCAGAAGUGACACCACUUCAAGCUGUAAACGUAACCAAUCCACCAGUUUCAAUAGUUCAGAGAAAUAAAACGAUUGAACCGAGUCUCUUAACCGUCAAUGAUGUUGAUAACAAUGACAUCGCGAAAAAUCUAAAUAAUAUAAAUGAAAAUACGACUAUUGUUGUUACGCCUGAAUUAAAAAAUAAUGAUUUUAGUAAUAGCGACACCACUAUUGACACCAUUAUUGAGGAAACAGAAAUGUUACGUAAUGAUAACCGAAGUGAAUCAAACAAUGUAAAAAUAGGUUAUAACCCAAAUAUGAGAAUUGGUAAUAAAAUAAAGAAAAUAAUCAAUCAUAAUUACAAAUUAGGAAAAGUCUCUGUGUCUUGGAAUUCAAGAAAUGCCCCUACAAAUCGUACUUUUAAAUCGGAUGACCGUCUGUUGGCACCAGAUACAGUGGAAAGAAUAAUAAGCGUGUGUAACGGAAACCAUUAUAAUUUCACAAAAAGACAGAAUAUAGCAAAUAGAAAAAAAUAUUAUAGAUUAGAAAAAAAAUGUAUAGGACCAGGAGCUUUAAUAAAACAAACUGCUUGCAAUGAUUUAAAUGUAAGUGUUGAAAAACCACAACCAGAAAAUAAUGAAAACUCACUUAAAGUCAUCGAAGAGCAUCAUCAACAACAAAAGUCAGCAACAAUCCAAAGUGAUAUUAUUCACCAAUGUGAUAUUACCACGGAAACGAUAAGAAAUUGCGUAACGAAGAAGAAUAACUCAGAUCGUCAGAUCGAGAAAAAUGACGUUGUUAAAAAAAAGAAAAAAGUUACAAAACGUCAAAACAAUCAUUGCUGUUGGGCACGCGAAAAGAUGUUAUUUUGGCAAAAUAAAACUCAACGUGUGAGACGUCACAUGUGCCCACGAAUAAAAUGUAUUUGCUGUUGUAACAUUCUCUACACUGACCAAUUACUGCGAAGGCGACAAAAACAAUCUGUAAAUGUGACUUCAUUCUGUGACCUAGUUUCAGAUGAUGAGAGUGAUCAUAACGCCAAAAACUUACAUGAGCCUCGAAAACCAUUAAAAACGACAAAAGAAAGUCCAGAAAAAAUAACAAAAAAUAUAGGCAAAAAUUAUAGUAAAAUAAUCAAUAAAGUCGAUAUUGGUGUUAAUACAGAUUUCGAUAAAGAUUUUGAAGAAAGGUAUGCAGCUAAUGUCAACAACUCAAGUGUUGUUAAUUCUCUUCAUGUUAUUCAGGCUGUUAUUAGCGACGUAUCCCUCAAUAACAAAGGACAUAGCAAUAAUUCGACGCAGACAUUUACAUAUACGAAAAAUAAUUUUGAUUCUGCCCCACAUAACGCGCUAACCUCUGAUAUUAGGAUAAGAGAAAAGUCACAUCUUAAUAAUGAGGUCGAAAGUUGUGCAAAAAAUUAUACUCCAGAACUACAGUUAGAAAAUGCAACUACAAGUAAAGAUAAGCCAAUAAAUAAUGGACCAAAGUGUAAAACAAACGUUCGUGCAGCAACAAAUCACCAACCAGUGGCGCCAGUCGUGUCAUGUAUAGAUAUAGACAAUUUACCAACUGACAAUGGUGGUAAAGUCAUUGUUCUACAUAAAAACUCGAAAGCAAAAUCGUCAAAACCCAUAUGCUUAGGCAAAAACAAAAUAUUACUUUGCUCAUUACAUCCAUUAAGUAAAACAAGCAUGAUUGACGUUACUCAUUUAGUUGAAACUGUAAAACCACUAAUGUUCAGCUACGGAGUAAAUGCAGAUGUACAAACUCUUAUACCCAGUGGUGUACAUUUAGUUUUAUUACCUAACCAAGAGUUGGUACUUUCUAUUGAUCCUGGGGUUGAAUUAAGUCCAAAUCAAAUUAAUUAUUUACCUACUAUUUUAAAUUUGGUUCAACAGCAACUAUUCAACUUAGGAGCUAUUAAUAAAUUACCGAAAGCGUAUACAAUAGGUGAUAUUAUUCAUUUAUCAGACGAUGAAACCGGAAAUUAUACGUCACAAGAUGAAUCAUAUGAUGAUAAUACUAAUUUAAAAAAAAAAGAAGAGAUUCGUCCAUCAAAUAAUUUGAAGUCCAGUAAUCCAGAAAAUGAUAUUUCUUUUAUAGAAGAGGCUGUUUCUUGUGCUGAUAAACAUCCAAGUGAUGAUAGCUCUUCAAAUAUGGCUUCUAGUGAAACUCUUUCCGUUUCACUUAUAAAAGAAUUUGUGAAUAACAACAAAAAUAUACCUAAAAUUGAUGCCUCAAGCACAGAAUCGUCCAAAGAGGAUAAACAACAACAUACGCUAUCCAAUGACUCGAAUGUUUUAAUAGAAAAGGAUGUUGUUUCAGACGACAGCAAAAAAGAAGAUUUAAAAGAUACUGCAAAUAUGCCUAAAAAAACUAUAAUAUCAGAUCUUAUGGCAAUGUCUGGCAUAUCAUUAGAAGAUACUGCUGUUACAAAUAUUGAAAAUUCUAUAAAUCAAAUUCCACCCCAGCCAAAGCCAAUUCCCAUCUUACCAAAACCAAGUAAAGAGCCUGAUAAUUUAUAUACUAAUAAAGACGAUGAAAUGAAUAAUAAGAUAUAUAACAAUCCUUUCGUUAAAGCAGCAUUGACAAAAUGUCCGGAAUUGUUCAUUGUAUAUUCUUUUGAAGAUUUAAAAUAUGCUUACGAAAAUAAUGGGCAAUUUUAUAAAAUGAAUAUUGACAAUGGGAUCAUAGUACCCAUAAGUGUGUCUAUAAAAAAACAAAUGACCACCAAGAAUUUGAAACAAGUUAAAUCAGUAAUUGAUUUAACUGGAGAAGAUAACAACGAUACAUCUGGUGCAGAAACGAGGUCUGAAGAAAGUAGUAUUCAAACUUUCAUAGAAAGAGACCUCUUAAAAAGUGGAGUCAAACCGAUUAAAUUAUUUAAAUCCAUUCACCCAUCAAUAUUAAGACACAAUUUUAAAACAUUGUCCAUGCGACGUUAUAGUGGGGAUUCUAAGAAGCAGACGAAAAAAGUUACUAAAGCAGUUAAAAGCAAAAGAAAAAAUGAGAUUAACAUCAUAGAUUUAAAAAGCAGACAAUCCAAAAAGUUGGUACAAGAAGUAGAUAAAAUUAACAUAGAUUCAGAAUCCGAUGACGAGCCAUUAGCAUUAAAAGCUAAGCGUAUUCGAAGAACAUCAGUCAAUAUAUCAGAAAAUAUUGAUAACGCAAAGAGUCAUAAUGAAAAUUGUCAGAGAGAAGUUCAAGCGCUUAAUCAACAAGAGCAUAAUUGUGAUGAGGCAACUUCACACAGUGUGCCUAUAUUAGUAGAAGAUCAUGUUUCAAGUCAUUUGCCAAUUAUAUUUCAGUCUAAUAAUGAUGAAUCUUCGGGAGAGGAUUGUAUUCUUGGUGUAUAAAUAGGUCUUAUUUUAAUAAAAAAGUCAUUUGUUUUUAAGGAAGAAUGAACCGGCUGACGAGCCGGUUGGCAUGUUUGGUGGAUGCUUGCCUUUCACGCCGACGGUUGUGGUUUCGAUUCCCAUCCAGGACAGAUAUUUGUGUGCAUGAACAUGUCUGUUUGUCCUGAGUCUGGGUGUAAUUAUCUAUAUAAGUAUGUAUUUACAAAAAUAAAAAUAGUAUAAGUAGUAUAUCAGUUGUCUGGUUUUCAUAACACAAGCUCUGUACAAGCUUAAUUUGGGAUCAGAUGGCCGUGUGUGAAAAAUGUCCCAGGAUAUUAAAAAAAAAUAAAAAAAAAUAAUGCCAAGCAUUGUCAUGUAAUUAAUAACGUUAUGAAAAAAAAGUAAAACUUAUAUUCUUGCACGUUAUUCGUAGUUAUAUAAAUUCCUUGAAACUGUGAUAUUAUUUUUAUGGUUCAGAAGUCAAACAAUUUUUAAUUUCUAUCUGUGAACUUAAUGUAACUUAUUGUUUAGAUUUCUUACAAUAUAAUUGAAAUCUUUGACUGCAGAACUGAAUAGGUGAUUUGAUAUACGUGUUGAGACUAGUUAUAAGAUGAAAUAUAUAAGUAUUUUAAAUAAUAUCUGUUUGUGUGGUUUAAUCGAUCUCAUGUUGUUGUCCAAGUCAUUAAAUUAACUUAAACUAAACAUUAUAUAACAAAAUCAGGUGACGUUUAAUGAAACCAUGCCUGAGUAGUAAUUUAAUAUUUCCGACAACUUGUCCUACAGUGUUAAUCUCUAACUUUGUAUCAAGACUUAUAAAGCUUGCAGUGUUUAAUAAAAUAUCAUAUUUUUUGUAUAGUCUCUUUUUAAACGUCAGGGUUGAUAAAUAAUUCUUUGUGCAUAUAAAUAUACCUAGUGUGAAUGUAUAUAUUAGUUACUAGUAAAUUUUAAAUUAUAGUAAGUCUACUUAGAGAUAAAUCAGCUUGGAGACGUUUUUGCCUUUGUAGUACUAGUAGUGUAUUACAAAAAGUGACUAAACCGCAAUGAAUGUGUUUGUGCUUGCUAUCUCGUGUCUUGCUUUUGCAUAGAAAUUAGAAUUGUCAUUUUGUUUUUUUUUUUUUUUUUUUCUUAAUUUAAAACUUAUGAAGCAAAAAUGUUACUAGGAAUGCUACAACUACAUUAGCUGAGGAAAAUUUAAUGCCAUAACUGUAGAGAACUGGAGUAGUUUCUUUACAUGCUAGUGAAGAGGAAAAUAAAUUUCAGGCCUUUAGAUAAAAUAUCAAAACGAAUUGACAUUAACAUAAAUGAUUUAUCGAAUGAAAUGGAGGCUGAGGAUCGUUACAAAAAGUAUUAAGAGUUGGAGAUAUUUAUGAUUAAAAAUGACGUUUAAUAUAUAUGAUAUUAAGCACCUACCUAUGAAAAUAAUAAUAUAUACUACAAGCUCAAAAAGGGUCUCCUAGCUGAUUUGGCUAUAUUAUUAUUUGCUUUCUACUUUUGUAAAUAAGUAAAUUGACGGAUUAAGUUUUGUUACAUAUAUAAAAACUUUGUUGCAUGACUUUUUUUAAAUCGGGUAAGUGAAGUAGUCUGUACCUAGUGCCUGCACAUAGACGUAGAGGCCAACAAAUAUAUGUAUUAUAGUUAUUGUAAAAUACAACAGUAAUACUUGUGUUUUACUAUAUGUACAUAAUAUAUUAAAAGUUUUUAACUGUC